AUGUACAACAACAUGCAGGGCCAAGGCUGGGGCCGCCCAAUGCAGCCGCAGAUGACGGGCUAUCCAGGACAGCAGCAGCAACAGCAACCGCAGAUGCAGAUGCAGCAAGGUAGCGGCUUCCUCCAGCCCCAGCAGACCGGCUAUCCUGGCAUGUCGCAGUUCCAGCGCCCAAUGCAGACCGGCAUGCCCUACCAGCAGCAGCAACAGCAGCCGCAGCAAGGCCUCAUGCCUCAGCAGACCGGCAUGAUGGGCGGCAUGGGCAUGCAGCAGCAGAUCCGUCCUCAAGCUACCUCCAACUAUCUCUCUCCGGGUCCUACAGGCAUGGGUAUGAACAUGGGCAUGGGAUUGAGCGGCGGCGGUCUCCAGCCCCAGCAGACGGGCUUCAUGGGCGGUCUUCAGCCUCAACAGACUGGGUUCAUGGGAGGCGGUGGCCUGCAGAUGCAGCAGACCGGCCUCAUGCCACAGAUGACCGGCAUGCCCAUCCGCGAUCCACGUAUGCAGCUCAUGAGCGCGCAGUUCUUGCCCGCAUCCCAACCCUUCUCUGGCGCUCCUGUGGCCGGCAACAUGAACUUCAACCAGGCCAGCAUGCAACCUUCCAACUUCCAGUCGCAGAUUCAAAACCUCAGCCAGCAACAGCAAGGCUCCAAGGAGCCUCGCAUUCCGUGGGCUCUCACCAAGGAAGAGCGAAAGAGUUACGACUCCAUCUUCCGCGCUUGGGACGCCAAAGGUACUGGCUUCAUCAAUGGCGAGGUGGCUCGCGAGGUCUUUGGCCAGAGUGGUCUCGAGACCGAUAAGCUCAUGCAGAUCUGGCAUCUCUCAGACACUGGCAACCGCGGCAAGCUCAACGUCAACGAGUUCCACGUUGCCAUGGGUCUCAUCUAUCGUGCGCUCAACGGCAACGACAUUCCAGAGACGCUGCCCUCCGAACUCAUUCCUCCCUCGGCUAAGGAUCUGAACGACUCGGUCGAUUUCUUGAAAGAUCUUCUCAAGAAGGACACCACCGUGCGACACAGCACCGGUCUCAACAUUCCUGAAGCUGGUUCGAACAGCGGCGCCUCCUACGCAAAGUCUCGAUCCUUCCACGAGAACCCCGUCGCGCCCAAGAAGGAUGCCACCGCGUACAAGCACGACGACGCCGAUGUCACCGGCUACAAGAGCAGCAGUCGACACCUCGAUCGCAAGACCGUCCGCUACGAAGGUCAAAGUGCUACCGACGACCUCAGCGAGAUGAAGCGUCAGCUCGCCAACACGCAGAAGAUGCUCGACAAGCAGGGGGUCGAAGACGAUGAAGAUCGCGAGCUCGAGCGCGAGAUGGACGACCUCCGCUACCGCAUCCGACGUGUGCAGGACGACAUUGAGUACUACAACCGACGUGGCGGUCGUGAAUCUGGCGAUCUGCGUCGCAAGGCGGAGCGCGAACUCAUGCACCUCAUGCACGAGCGUCUGCCUCAGCUCGAGAAGCGCAUCGAAGCCAAGGACAGCCGUCAGCGCGAUCGCAAGCUCGGCGAGAGCCGCGAGAGGGACCGUCGCAACGAUCCCUACAACCGCUACGCUUCCGAGGACCGAGACCGCCCACGUGACGAUGAUCGCAGCUACAGUCGUUCGAGCUCCACCCUUGGCGAUGGCGAGUAUCUUCGCGGCACCUUUGACCGCGAUGGCGACAGGCGCAGGGACGACGGCGACAGAUACCGAAGCAGAGACGAAGACGGCUACCGCCGCGAUGACCGUGAUCGCGACAAUGGCCGAUCGACUCCUUCGUCCGCAUCGCAGGCACCGCCGCCGCCUCCGCCAGUCGAGCCUGCCAAGCCGGCUGCACCUUCGCCAGCCCCUUCGACUCCAGCUGCUGCCUCAGGCCCUCCGAAGAACAUGUCUGCUGAGGAGCGCGCUGCCUGGAUCCGUUCCGAGGCCCAGCGACGUGUGCAGGAGCGCAUGCGUAUGCUUGGUGCCGUCGCUCCUUCGGGUCCCACGCCCGUCGACAACAGCGUCGAGGAACGACUCAAAGCCGAGCAGGCCGAGGCUGCUGCCAAGAGUGCCCAGGCUGACCAGGAAGCUGCUGCUCGUGAAGACGCCAGGAAGGCUCGCUUGGAAGAGCACCGCCUCCAGAACGAAAAGGCCGGUCUCGCCACUGUCAAGCAAGAGAUCAAGCAAGCCGAGAAAAGCGACAACCCUCCUCCUGCUCCCAUCGUGCAAGCCGCCAAGGAGGAGAUCAACGACCAAGAGGACAUGCUCCGACGUCGUGAAGAGGUUCUUGCGAAGGAGAAGGCGGAACGCGAGGCCCGUCUCAAGAGGCUUGAAGAGCAGGAGGAAGAGGCUCGCAAGCAGGAGGAGGCUUUCAAGGAGCGUCAGUCGAUGUUCAACAGCGGCACCAAGUCGGCUCCGUCGGCUCUGCCUGCUCCCUCUCGCAAGUCGGGCAAGUCGGCUGCUCCGCCACCGCCUCCUCCGUCGCGAUCGCGUGCCGCUCCUGCGCCCGCACCACCUGCUACUCUCGCUCCACCAGAGGCGCCACCAGCACCUGCGAUGCCUAGCCCGACCCCCAGCACCGGCUCCAGCACCAACCCUUUCCAUCGCAUGCAGCAAGGUGCCGGCGGUGCUGCCGUCGCAAGCCCCUCGUCAGCCGCUCCUGCACCUCCAGCCCCUUCGACGCCAGGUGGAGGCACCAACCCCUUCUUCCGUCAGCAGGCCCAAGCAGACACAGGUCUUCCAGCAGCAACUCGUGCUACUCCUCCCGUCUCUGCUCAGCCUACUGGCGCAACUCCCUCGUCGGCUUCACGCGCCAUCUACACGGCGCCCAAGCACGAUGACGACGACUGGGAGGAGUCGGACAAGGAAGAGGACGACGAUGAGGCCGACGGACCCGGCUCCAGCACUCGUGCCACUCGUCAAAACCUUGCGCAGGCGCUUUUCAGCAACUUGAUUCCGAGCAGCGGUCGAUCAACACCUCCUGCUUCGGCACCCAGUGCGCCCGCUGCUCCCCCUGCGCCGCCUGCCGCUCCUGCAGCUCCAGCUGCGCCUCCUGCUCCCGCAGCUCCUGCGGCACCUGCCGCGCCUGCCGCUCCGACCGCUCCCGUGGUUGCGCCCGCUGCUGGACCAAUGGACCGCGGUGCGCUGCUCGGCCAGAUCCAGGGCGGCCUCAGAUUGAAGAAGGCGCAGACCAACGAUCGCUCCAAGGCGCUCGUCACUGGCAGCGUGAUUGGAGACCCGUCGCCGCCGGUGCAGACGUAUGUGCCGCCUCCCAGCCCGCCUGUCGCCCCUGUUCAGUCGUCCGCCGUUGCCGAGCGAUCGGUCAAUGGCGAUGCUGAUGGGUUCGCACCUCCACCUCCCGCGCCGCCUGCUCCUCCCAUGCCUGGCGCGUUCGACGCCGGUGCCAGCGACUUUGCCGCCAACGCGAAUCGCCAGAGCGUCGACUGGACCAACAGCCUCGCCAACGACCAGGCCAACACCAAGCCUGCGUUUGUCCCGGACGAGCCGUCGGUGCGCGAAGAAGCCGAGGACAGCCCAGACGAGGAUGAGGGACCCGAAGACCUCGAUGCCGCCCCCAAGGCCGCCGGUGGUCUCUUCGGUGCCACCAGCGAUGAGGUGGAAGGAUUCGACCUGACGCAGACCCUGCGCGUCCGGGCGCUGUACUCGUACGCCGGCCAGCGCGAUGAGGAUCUGAGCUUUGACGAGAAUGAUAUCCUCGAAGCCCACCCGGCCAAGGAUGUGGACAGCGCGUGGUGGUAUGGCGCACGCACAAGCGGUGGUGGCAAGGGCUUCUUCCCCCGAUCCUACGUCGACCCUAUCGACAAACCUGCGACCGCCAAAGCGCUGUACGACUACACGGGCACCUCGCCCGAAGAAGCCACCUUCGCGGAAGGUGACAUCCUCCGCGUCGUCGACCAGGAAGACGCCAACUGGUGGCGCGUCGACACGGGCGCCAACCGCAUCCUCGUCGCGCCCGCAACCUACCUCGAGCUUACUGCUGCGGGACAGGAUGAUGCAGGAAAGAGCGCUGACUGGGUGAUGGUCGAUGAAGCCCCGCGCAGCCUUGCUCCGCCGCCGAUCUCGAAUGCUACCGAGCCCACCUCUGGCACCGUCGGUCCGAACUCAAUCACCGACACGGACGCAGACGAAGAAGCAGCGCUAGCAGCCGCGCUCGCCGCGUCCAGCGCUGAUCAGCGGGAGCGAGAGGUCGACCGUAUCCGCGAGGACCGCAACAUGGCCAAAGCCAUUGAAGCGUCCAAGCUCUCCGCAGUCGAGUACGCUCUCGGCACCAUCGAACCGGACGACUCGGACGAAACCGAUUCGACCACCGGCUGGACGUCCUCCGACGAAGAUGAGGACGAGACAGAUGCCACUGCAGCCGAAGACGACGCUAUGCCGCACACGGACGAAGAGGUUCGACAGCACACCAUCGAGCGAUUGCGCGUGCUCGAGGCAGCAGGCGUGCUGGUGACCUCGCAGGACGAGGUGAAGCAGGAAGCGACGAAGAGAAGACCGCCGCCCCCACCGGGUCAGAAGCACAAGAACAUCGAUGAGCUGGUCAAGCUUUCGCGCUCGCGCUCGACCAAGAAGCCGGAGCAGCCGAGGAGACGACCGCCGAACCGACCGAGGAGGAAGCCAAGCCGGGAUCUGCCACCCCUGCCGCCGCCGGCGGAGGAGGGGGAGGACAAGAUGGAGGAUGCCUACGAUCGAUACCUCGCAUUGACGAAGGAGGUAUCGUUGCAGCCGAUUCCCGUUGCUACUGCGGUGGGGAGGGGUGUAGCAGUUCCACCUGCCUCGCCGACACUCCUCCCGCCUGGAUCGCCCGCGAGAAGCACUUCGGCGGCAGGAGAGGCCACGCGAACAUCCGGUUUCUUGUCCACCAUCAAAAACAUGUCCCAACGCAGCGCAUGGACUGGCGCGCCGACGGGCGAAAAGCGCAUCGUCAGCGGUCCCAUCUCCGUCUCCUCGCCCUCCUUCCCUUCCACUCCGGACGCCAGCGAAGCGUCCCGGGAAACCACCUCGUGGACGUCGCUCAUCGACCCACCCCUGCUCGCCACGUUGACCGACACAGAGCGCAAACGGCAGGAAUCCAUUUUUGAGCUGAUCACCACCGAAUCCGCCCACGUGCGGGACCUGCAGAUUGUCGUCGAGGUGUUUUUCAACUCCAUGCAGUCGAUUCUGCAGCCCAAAGCGGCCACGGUCAUCUUUGCCAACAUCGAAGACGUGCUCCUCACCUCGGUUGGGUUCUUGAGCGAUCUCGAGGCUCGGCAGAAGGAAGAUCGACUGUUCGUUACGCGGGUGGGGGAUGUGUUGGACCGGCACAUUGUCGGGAUGGGCAUCUACAUGCCUUACUGCGUCAACCAGCGUAGUGCCGCCGAGAUCCUCGAAGGUGAACGCAAGCGGGAUACGAGAGUGGAGAUCCACCUGCUGAACCUACGCAAGCAUCCUGCAGCGAGAGGGUUGGAUUUGAGCCACUUCCUGUUGGUCCCCAUGCAACGGUUGACCCGAUACCCCCUGCUGCUGGGCCAGAUCCUCCGCUACACCCCACACGACCAUGUGGACUACGCACAGCUCAAAACGGCAAAGGAAACCGCAGAGGGGAUACUCGCCAAAACGAACGAGGCAAUUCGUGACAAUCAGGAUUCCACAGCUCUGCAAAAGCUAAGCGAAAACCUCUGGCUCGGCGAAGAGGCGAGGUUGGACCUCACCAAACCGUACACCGACCCCAACGGCGCGAAGCACCACAGACGCAUCGUGCGCGACGAGUUGGUCACCAAGGCCAAGUCGGGCAGGAAAUUGAGAUUGGUGUUGACGAGCGAUUUGUUGUUGGUGCUGCACGCACAGGAUGCGAGUUUGUAUAGGAUGCCCAUACCGGUUAACGAAGUGAGGGCGGAAGAAGGGAAGGGCAAGAGGCACGCGGAUGAGUUCAAGCUGAUACACGAGAUGAAGGGGGGUGAGGGGGAUGUUAUUAAGGUCAAAGCGGCAGGACAGAGGAACGCGACGGCUUGGGUGCGGGUCAUUAAUGCGAGUCGGGGGGAGACGAUGGGUUGA